UCCAAAUCUCCUUGAUCACUUUCUUCAACGUGUCAACGAAAAGAUCCAUGUAUGCUUCAUCCCAGAAGCUCUCGUUGUACGAAAUGUGGAAAUACCCCUCCCCUUUAUACAGCCAAGUGUGCACCAUGAUCUUCUUGGUAAAUGUCUCCACACCUACCCAGAAAUCCUUCAGCUCCACAACGCCAUCGAUCUUAGUUACAAGCAACUUGUCUUCCACCACUCCAAAUGACGACAGGCGAGGCUGAAGCUGGCCAUCCACUUCGCUGCCGAAAGGCUCUCGUCCGUUGGGAUACUGCAAAGCUGCCAGCUUCUCGAGAUAGCACGCCUGCGAUUUGACAAAGGUGUUGUCUAUGUUGUAGACGGAAAUCAGCUGUUCGUAGUGAUCUUUGAGAUGUGUCGAGGGCGACACUACGAUCUCCUUGUUGAGAAUGGUCGUGGACACAAUCGGGGCUUUUUUGGUUCUGCUUCUCUCAGGAAUAAGGUGGCGCAAAUCCUUGUGGAAAGAAGCCAUGUAGCUCAUUGUUUGGUCAGGGGGAGAGAGCACAGUGCAAGUGGUAAUGAGGGCUGCGUGCAUGAAAACCUGGUCGUUCCACUUGAGGGCUUGGAGACCUCCAAUGAAAGCGCGCAGCUCUGGUUUGGUGUAUUUGAACAGCCGGCGUUUCGUGGCGCCAGGCAUGCGUGGGUUCUUGUUCGGGGUGAUGCCCAUCAUCGGGUAGUUGGGCUUGAGGGUUUCCAGGCGAGCUUCGGCAGCUUUCCUGAUCUCGGGUGUAUAUUCAUAUGGUAUGUCAAGAACUUCGUCGACAGUAGAGGAAAGAUUGCUUGCGCAGGUGCUCCAGUCCAACUGCGCGUUAGGGGUGGCGAGAGCUUUGAUGAGCAGAUCGAGGCAGAGAAUGGCUCCCCUGGCGUCGAGGCGAUAAUGGGGUGAGCGGAUCAUGACUUCGGACGUGCUACGCAGGAAGUAACACAUCAUUUGUUCAUUGCGGGGUAUGUUGCCGUACAAGUCAUCGACAGUCAAGCGGUCUUCGACGACAAAAGUGGCCGACACCCACAAAUCGACUUGUUCGGCGGUGCCGGUGCGGUAGAUGUACUGGCCAUUGUAGGGGACAGCAGCAACCUCUGGAUGGCUGAACCGGACCUGUUUCCAGGCACUCUUCAAGGCCUUCACAGGGUCGCCCAACUUGGGAUCGAAUUCGAGUUUGGCGACGACAGUCUUGACCCAGUUGUCACGAUCGAGGGCCUUCUCGACGUUCCGGUUGAUGGUGUUGAACUUCUCCAAGGAGCUCAGAGGACGUUCCCAACGACCCGGUCGAGUCUGGGUCCAGGUCGCGUGUGGCAUGGUGUCUGAGAGGAUGGCUAGCAACGUGGAGUAACACGAAGGGUGCGGGUUGAUUAUCGGGGCACAGGGUCUAUAUGAAGACGCCUCUAAUGGGUGUCGAAGAUGAGCAAGCGGCGCCACCCUCUGGAGUCUGCGGGCUUGGAGGGGGCGUAGCAGGGUUGUUAAAGCGGACACACCAUAGUGGUUCCUUCGUCUGCCCCGGCGUGGGAUACGCGCCUGCACAGAUUGGAUUGGCGCAAUCAAAUGACACGUAGAGGUUGUGCGAGCAGCAGCCUCGUGUUCUGGCAGCGCAACGCAAUGCAAUGCAUGACCAGAGACAUGGCUCGUCUCGGCCUGUCUAUCGACAGCGAGUGUGUGCCCUCC